AGCAUGCUUAGCUAGCGCUAACUAAUUUGGGUGACUUUGGCCACAAUAUUGGGGAAAGGCUCAUGGAUCUCAUAUAGUGUAGCUAUUUUUUUUUAACCGGUACUCUGGACGAAUGUCCCGUCAACACUUAAAGGCCGAAACACUGCAGAGAGGAAGUAGAGACGGCGCUCAAACGCUUGCCAACAUGUCGGACGCCAUCCUCACUUUCCAAGUCCAGCUCUCUGCUGUCAUGGAAACGGUGCUCAAGUCGGCCAUGUAUGAGAUCACCCGGCUGGUGGAGGACAGCUUCCUGGAGGAAGUGGCUCGGAGCAAACAGGAAGUGGAGGCCCUGAGGCAGCGGCUGCAGUGGUCGGAGAGUCGGCACAGAGAGCGAGAGAGCGGUGGGCGAGCGAGGUGCCUGGACUGCGGCAGAGUCGGAGUUUCCAGCGAGGAGUCAGAGGACCCACCCUCAGGAACACUGUCCGGUGUUGAGGAGGGGCGUGGUCUGAAGCAGGAGAAGGCUCUGGAAGGGAGCUGGAGCAGCUGCUCGGUGGGAGGGUCGAACCCUGGACCCCUGAGUGCCCUGGAAGAGGAGGCCACACCCAGCCCCGUCCGAGAGCUGGACACAAGUAGUACAGCGCCCUCAGAUUUGGACAGAGACCGGCCAGACUCCCUCCUGAAGGAGGAGGUGGAGGAGCUGCAUGACAUAACAGGCGGGGAUGAUAUCCAGGGAACAUGGCUGCCGUGUGCCGAGGGAGAGGGCCUUUUAGGAGCUGAAGCAGACCCUCCUCCUCCUCUCAGUAAGGGCUGUGCUGAGCCGGAGUGGAGCCCCGCUGUGGGACAGGACACAGCGCCCUCUUCAGGCAGCCUCCUGCCAGAGCGGCAGAGCAGCAGGCCGCGCGGCGGGGAGGCCUGCGGGGCGUACGAGUCGGAGGCGGGACAGGAAGCCGCCGCCCGCAGACUCGGUCUGGCUGGGCCUCAGCGCUGCGGGCCACGCCGCAGUGACCCCGACUCGCAGCGCGUCACCUGGACCACCUUUAAAUUAGGGGACAGCCACGCUGAGGCGGAGGGGCGGGGACUGUGUGAGAGAGUCCUCCAGGCGGGGGCUGAUUUCCCUCAGGAGAAGAGCCAAUCGGAUGCUCUGGCCAAUCACACGCUGCAGCCUGCCAAUGAUGGCCCGCCCACCGCCAGGUCCCUCAGCGCCCAACCCCCGAGCGCAUUUUCGGACGCCGCGCCUGUGAAGCAGGAGGUGGAGGCGCAGCCUGGGUGGGGCGAGCGGGCGGGGGGGGGCAUUUACCCGCAGCCCAGGCGACAGGGAGCGGAAUCGCGGGCCCAAACAGGCAGAGACCCGCCCACCCUCCAGAACAGGGUGCGCCACCAUGAGCAGUUCCCUCAGACUGUGACAUCACAGCCCAAACCUCAGGGGUGUGGCCCGUCAGGAAGACACACCCAGACCAGAGUGACUGACAGGACAGCAGCUGUCACUCACAGUUCUGCUGCUGCAGACAGAGGCGUGUGCAGCUCGUACAGCAAGGCUUUCGUGGCCUCUAAGAACGCGCAGACGCACGCGAGGACCUUCGCGGGGGAACGGAGGCUGGGGCCCGUACAUUUUGGGAAGAGCGGCAGUCCGCUCAUCGGUGUGCGGUCCCACCUGAGGCCCAACAUGGAGAGGACAGUGCACAGCUGCACGCAGUGUGGGAAGACCUUCUCCCAUUUCUCUCACCUGAAGGCACACCAGCAGACUCACACGGGCGAGCGGCCAUUUUGCUGCACGCUGUGUGGGCGGAGCUUCACCAAGCUGAGCAACCUGAAAGCACACCGCAGGGUUCACACCGGAGAGAGGCCCUAUAACUGCACGGACUGCGGGAAAAGGUUCACACAGAAGUGCAACCUGAAACGGCACCAGAGAAUUCACACUGCUGAGAGGCUGUUCAGCUGCAAGUAGCAGCUUCUGUCUCACCACACACGUGCAGUCGGGCACGUUAGGGUACUUCUCAGAAAUUCUGUAAUCCUUCUUCUAAAUAGCAUUUGGACUCAUAUUUCUGUCUCUGAGAAAUGUAUUGCAAGGUUGUAUUUCUCUGAUAUUUUCAAAGGCAGCAAAUCAGUCCAAUGAUUCAAGUGUUAAUUGUGUUGAGACUAGAUUUUCCUUCCUCAGGCAAAAGAAAAGAUACACGUGAAUAAAAAUAUCAAAAACUAAA